CAGUCUACAAUCUCCGGUCUUCAGUCGACCGUGGCCUUGCUUCCCCAACGGUUGUGUUGCUGCGUACCGCUCCGCCCGCUUUUACCGCCCGUACCGCUUUCCCGCUCCUACCGCUCGUACCGCUCUCAGUUGCUGGCGAGUUUGGCCGAGCUUAACGAUCGACUGCAAAUUGCCAACUACAUACACACAAGCACAUAUAACGCGAUGUCUUUUCUGGUGAUUUUGCUGAUCCUGUACGUGAUCUGGGAUGUCAACUAUUUCAUCCGCUGCGUAUUCACCGUGUUCGCCGGCCGGCUGUUCCAGCGGAAGCGCAAGGUCACGGACACCACAACGAUCUACGGGCUGUGCACCUCGCAGGACGUGGACAUCUUUAUCCGGCACAUGAACAACGCCCGCUAUCUGCGCGAACUGGACUUUGCCCGCUUCCAUUUCUACGCCCUCACCGGACUCUACGAGCGCAUCCGGGAGCAACGCGGCGGUGCCGUUCAGGGAGCCAGCAGUGUGCGCUACCGACGCACCAUACCCAUCUUCCAUCCGUACAAGAUCCAGACGAAGCUGAUCUGGUGGGACGACAAGGCCAUCUAUCUGGAGCAGCAGUUCGUCACGCUCGCGGACGGAUUUGUGCGCGCGGUGGCCAUGUCCAAGCAGAACAUCACCAACUGCAAUGUGCUGGAGGUGCUGAAGACCUAUCCGGAAACUGCCCAGCGACCGGAGAAGCCGGAGGAGCUCAAGCUCUGGCUGGACGCCAUUGAGCUGUCCAGCCAGAAGCUGCGAAAGGACAAGUGAAUCGAUUGAUUCCUUCGCGCGCAGCACAGCUCAUUUAUGCUUGCCUCAUUUGCUUAGUCUUCUAGUUAUCUCCCAUUUCUUUUUUUUUUUGAGUUCACUGUGCGGAAAUACUAGACUGAUGUGUUUUUCACGCAAAAAAGGAGCGUAACAAAAUGUACAGAAAAACAAGUAAUGAUUGUUAGCAAAAGCGCAUAGACACUUAAAGAUUAUUUUUUCACAGUGCGUUAGUUAUACAAAUAUUGCAUUAAUGGAAUGGCUGAAUCUUUAUAAAUACAUUUUUUUACAAACUUAAUUGUAAAUACUCCAAUAAUUUUGUAUGAUCUAUAUAACUUUUCCAGUUUCUGGUUUCAUCACAUAUAUUUCGUUGUGUUGAGAGUCAGAGUGGUUGGAGUUUCUUUUCUCGACUUUCAUUUAUGCUAAGUUUGAUAUCACGCAACGCCAAGUCAUCUGUUAUCUGUGUCGAUAAUUCAAUGGAUUGCUUAUUUUCAAUAUUUUCUUUCACGCUGUCUCCGCCAAAUGAAGCAGCUAAUUAUGAAGACUGCAUUUUGAUUAUGUAAUUAUGUAACGGCCAUCCUCAGCAGUUUGGCCACGGCCAAGCGUUUUGCAAAUAUUACACAAAAAUAAACAUAAAAUAAGCAUAUGUGCAAUGUUAAAACAUAA